GCUGGCCUCGGGCGGACGUCAGCCCAGCUUCGCCCUUGCCUCGGCUUCUCCGCGGUCUACUGUGAGACUCUGCUCGACCCGGGCCCCGAGGGCCGCCCGCCCCGCACCCCUUCGGCCUGCCGUGCCUCAGGCCGCGCCCUGCCUCCGCCGUCGGCCAGAACUCGCCGCGUCGGACCCUGCCGCUUGCCACAGGUUGAGGCCCCAGCCUUGGCCUCACCACAAUGUGGCACGAGGCUCGGAAACAUGAGCGGAAACUUCGAGGCAUGAUGGUCGACUACAAAAAGAGGGCAGAGCGGCGCAGGGAGUACUAUGAAAAGAUCAAGAAGGACCCAGCCCAGUUCCUGCAGGUGCACGGUCGAGCUUGCAAGGUGCACCUGGAUUCUGCAGUUGCCCUGGCCGCGGAGAGCCCCGUUAACAUGAUGCCCUGGCAAGGGGACACCAACAACAUGAUUGACCGCUUUGACGUCCGCGCCCACCUGGACCACAUCCCCGACUACACUCCCCCGCUGCUCACCACCAUCUCCCCAGAACAGGAGUCGGACGAGCGGAAAUGUAACUACGAGCGCUACCGAGGCCUGGUGCAGAACGACUUUGCCGGCAUCUCCGAGGAGCAGUGCCUGUACCAGAUCUACAUCGACGAGCUGUACGGAGGCCUCCAGAGACCCAGUGAGGAUGAGAAGAAGAAGCUGGCAGAGAAGAAGGCAUCCAUCGGCUACACCUACGAGGACAGCACGGUGGCCGAGGUGGAGAAGGUGACAGAGAAGCCGGAGGAGGAGGAGUCCCCGGCCGAGGAGGAGAGCAACUCGGAUGAAGAUGAGGUCAUCCCCGACAUCGACGUGGAGGUGGAUGUGGACGAACUGAACCAGGAGCAGGUGGCAGAUCUCAACAAACAGGCCACGACCUAUGGCAUGGCUGAUGGUGACUUCGUCAGGAUGCUCCGGAAAGACAAGGAGGAGGCGGAGGCCAUCAAACACGCCAAGGCCCUUGAGGAGGAGAAGGCCAUGUACUCGGGCCGUCGCUCCCGGCGCCAGAGGAGGGAGUUCCGGGAGAAGCGGCUGAGGGGCCGCAAGAUCAGCCCCCCCAGCUAUGCACGCCGAGACAGCCCCACCUAUGACCCCUAUAAGCGGUCGCCCUCAGAGUCCAGCUCCGAAUCCCGCUCCCGUUCCCGCUCCCCGACCCCCGGCCGGGAGGAGAAGAUCACAUUCAUCACCAGUUUCGGGGGCAGUGAUGAGGAGGCGGCCGCAGCCGCAGCUGCAGCAGCUGCAUCAGGGGCUGCCACAGGGAAGCCCCCGGCGCCUCCCCAGCCCGGCGGCCCCGCACCGGGACGUAAUGCCAGUGCCCGCCGCCGCUCCUCCACCUCCUCCUCCUCCUCCUCCGCCUCGAGGACCUCCAGUUCCCGCUCCCGCUCCAGCUCCAGCUCCCGCUCCCGCCGCGGCGGGGGCUACUACCGCUCCGGCCGCCAUGCCCGCUCUCGCUCCCGGUCCUGGUCGCGCUCCCGGUCCCGCUCCCGGCGCUAUUCUCGCUCCCGCAGCCGUGGCCGGCGGCACUCAGGUGGGGGCUCCCGAGACGGACACCGCUACUCCCGCUCGCCGGCCCGGCGUGGCGGUUAUGGACCCCGGCGCAGAAGCAGGAAUACCGUCCUGGGAGACAGGAGCAUCCCUUCUGCCCUUUCCUGGGGGUCAGGGCUGCCCGUGGAGGGAGAGCACGACCUGCUGGGUGAGAGCGGGACUUCAAAGCAGCCGGCCGGGAGCCGCUCCCGCUCUGGGGACCGGUACCGGCGGGGCGGCCGGGGCCCCCGGCACCAUAGCAGCAGCCGCAGCAGCUGGUCCCUCAGCCCAUCCCGAAGUCGCAGCCUGACUCGCAGCCGCAGCCCCAGCCUGAGCCGCAGCCGCAGCCUGAGCCGCAGCCGUAGCCGCAGCCGCAGCCAGAGUCACUCUCCAUCGCCGCCGAGGGAGAAGCUGAGCAGGCCGGCAGCGUCCCCCGCUGUGGGCGAGAAGCUGAAAAAGACCGAACCUGCCGCUGGUAAAGAGACAGGAGCUGCCAAACCCAAGCUGAAGCCGCAGGAGAAGCUUAAGCUGAGGAUGCAGAAGGCACUCAACAGGCAGUUCAAGGCGGAUAAGAAGGCGGCGCAGGAGAAGAUGAUCCAGCAGGAGCACGAGCGCCAGGAGCGGGAAGAUGAGCUGCGCGCCAUGGCCCGCAAGAUCCGCAUGAAGGAACGGGAGCGCCGAGAGAAGGAGAGAGAGGAGUGGGAACGCCAGUACAGCCGGCAGAGCCGCUCGCCCUCCCCCCGCUACAGUCGAGAAUACAGUUCUUCUCGAAGACGGUCGAGGUCCAGAUCCCGAAGCCCCCACUACCGACAUUAGGCAGAAGCGUGGGCAGGCAGAGAUGAGGGGGGGGGACAAGGGCUCGAGCUGUGAUGCUGCUGGUUUUAUCUCUAAUAAAGUCACACGUUAUUUA